CAUAUUGACUUCCAUCUUGCUGCGUGAGUUGACCAGUUAUCGCUUUGCAAUCGCACACUAACUAGUAAUUUGUUGUAUAGUGGCCUCGCAGUUGUCAUGGCUGAAGACGUGCCUGAUGUCAAGUCCAACAAUCCAGUUCCGUGUACGUUUUGCUUCCUGCAUCCAAAAACCUACGCCAAUUACUGAACUCAUAUUCACAGUGGAGUGGGACGCACUCUGUCCUAUUUAUGAUAAUCUCAAGCCCGACCAGCUUUGAGUAUGAUUCUUCUUUCAAUUUUCUGCUACUGUAUCAGUCUGUACUCAGAUAUCACCACCACUUACUUAAUUAUAGCUCACAACCAUUCAGAAACACGUCAGUACUUAUAUCAACGACCUUCGAAACGUUCUAUGGACUAUAUGGACUUCUACUGCACUUUAUCCUUUAGUAAUUAUACGAUUAUCAUAAUUGAAUAUCCAUCUGUUUUCUUCCUAUUUCCCUUUUUGGCCGAUAUUUUUAGCUUUGACCUCUGAGCGCUAAAAUUGUUCCGCAUCAGCUGCAGUAACACUGACAGG